UGAACCUGGGUCUUUUGCAAGAACAGCCAGUGUUCUUAACCACUGAGCCAUCUCUCCAGCCCUACAAGGGCCCAUUUUAGAGAUCUCAAUGUAUUCUUAUUUGUUAAAGAUGUAAGAACAGAGACACAUGUGUACAAUUAUUAUCUCUAUGUUUUGUAAAUACUGUUGUUCCUCAAAGGGUAGCAGUCAAGAGGACGUCCUCAUCUCAUCCACAGUGCUUCAACAUUCAGCUUGGGAAUAAGAAGACCGUUCAUCCUUUCAUUGUCUGGGAUGGAUAGCUUCCAGUUUUUGUGGUCAAAACUAACACUGUAAGCAGUCUCUGGGGUUUACAAAAGAUUUGUUCUUGAUGUUCAUAUUCAGAUAAAAAUGGGAUUUCUGAGAUAUGAUAUUUGUUGAAUUGGUAAAAUUCAGACCCCAUUUCAAUAUUUCCCGGAUUCAGCUAAAAUCAAAGACCAACUUCUUCAACAAAUGGAUGCAUUGGCUUCUGUUAAUCUGUCCUGGGCUGUGGUCUUUCUCAUUCAGACCACAGCUGGAAUCAUUGCAAAUUCUUUGCUCUUUUGUCUGUAUCACUUCCCAUUGCUCACGGCACAACUGGUGAGACCCACAAACUUGGUUGUCAAUCAGCUGGUGAUAUCCAACUAUUUGGUUCUUUUCUCCAAAGGCCUCCCUCAGACAGUUGUGGCAUUUGGGUUGAAAUCUUUCCUGGAUGAGGCUGGGUGUAAAGUUAUCAUCUAUGUAUACAGAGUGUCCAGAGGAGUCUCCCUCAGCACUACCUCCCUCCUCAGUGGCUUUCAGGUCAUUAAAGUUUGCUACAAUACUUCCGGGUGGGCAGGGACCAGGAUUAGAUCCCCAAUGUGUAUUGGCACCUGCUGUUUCCUCUGCUGGAUCCUGCACCUCCUGCUAAAUAUCAUUAUCAUUAUGGACGUAACUGGUACAGUGAACAGCAAAACCCUGAGUGCUGAAGGACUCUACAGAUACUGUUCCUCACCCAUUCAUAAGAGAUUGACAUUCCUCAUAAUGUCAGUGAUUUACUCCCUUGUUGAUAUUACAAGCCAUGGUCACAUGGCCUGGGCCAGCGGCUCCAUGGUCCUUGUCCUGCACAGGCACAAGCAGCGAGUCCAUCACAUUCAUAGCCACAGCCUCUCCCAAAUACCUUCCCAUGAGUACAUAGCCACCCACACCAUCCUGGGCCUGGUGAGCAUGUUUAUAUCCUUUUACUCUCUAGCUUCCAUCUUCUCACUUUGCAUAACCCAGACGAACCCAAGCCACUGGAUGCUGAACACCGCUGUGCUGCUGUCUUUGGGCUUCCCAGCACUCAGCCCCCUUGUGCUCAGUUUCAGCAACACUCGAAUUCCACAGUUCUGCUUUGUCCCUUGGACAAGGAAAACAAAUCGUCCCACUGUGGUCUCUGGGCUUUGAGUUCCUUCCAGGGCAGUUCUACUUCAUUUGACCUCCUUUGCUCAGUAUUUUCCUCCACUCUU